CUGGCUACUGUUCUCCGUGCUGCUCUACAAACUGUCUCUCGCUGAAACAUCUGGUGCCCACCACAAAGAGAACACAAUGUCAGUGAACAGACGGCCGGCAAGACAGCACAAUGUCUCCAACAACAGCAGACGUUAAAACGGACGUCAACUCAGCCCAAGUCUCCCAGCAACUAAACCGCUACCCACCAUCCGUUCGUAUCCCCAAACCAACAGUCCCACAGCUACCAUCCCAGCAGAUAUCCCACAGCGACCCAACUCACCCUCCACCCUCGUACCAACAAUCCAACAUGCUCCGCUCCUGCCUUCCCGAUCUCACCUACCUAAGCUCCCUCUUCUCCCUCACCAGCACCCCGCCCCUCGCCCCCACCCCCCAACAACCCUCCUGCGACCUCACGAGCCUCCCCUACUCCUCCUGGCACCCCCCCUCCUGCCCCCAGAAUUGCGAGGGCGUGUGCCGCCACCUGCCCGUCGGGAGCGACACGCGCAUAAACGGGCGCCUGGUGUCUCGCCCGCGCCGCGAGCUCGCUGGAGGUGAGACCGGUGAUGCGGAGCGAGCACACACUGACGCGGCGGCACAGCGCCCGGCUGCACCACACCUCUCAGAUCCCGUCGGUGCGGCGUGCGCCCCGGUAGUCAAGGUAGGACACUCCCGCCCUCCGCCUGCGCUGCCGUCGCGGUCUGUGUACCACUCUGCUGUGUCGACGCCGACUACGCCGCCUGCGUGUCACGGCGGAGAUGCUGGCGAUGCAGAGAAGCCCCCCGUAGCUCUGCAGACCGACAUGAGUGUGUCCCCGACAGUCCGGCAGCAGGCCCGCGUCGAUGAGUGGGAUCUAUGUAGCUUGUUUGACAGCGACGAAGACGAAGACGAAGACAAUGACUACAGCGAUGAUGAUGACGACGACAGCGAUACCCACACUGCCUUUCCGGCCUUGGAGCGCACGCGUGUCUAG